AUGAUGACCAGCCAGGAGGAAGAAGAUGCAAGAGUUAUAAAUAAGCUGAAUGAUGAGUUUUUCAGAGGACUUUUCUUAGAAAGAGAUAGAAAAUGCAUUGCGUGGAAUGGAGAAGAUAUGGAUACUUAUUUGUGCAGAGAAAUAUACCCAGCAUUGGUACCUGCUUUGGAAGAGCUUUCUAAAGAAAUAGAGAGAUAUAUGAGAGAUGGCAGCAGCAUUGACAUAAGAAUUAAAUCAAGGUUUAAUCCUUGUAGGUGGCUUGCACAGUUUUUGAUGAGAAAUAACCCAAAAUUUGGACAAAAUCCAGGAAUAACGGCUGAUUAUAACUCAAAAGCAUAUUUAAAUGCUGCAACAAAAACUAUAAAAGCAAUGAAUCAGGAAAGAUAA